CUAGGCGCCAAGUCCGUCGCCGAGGUUUGGCUGUGAUGAGCGAUUGCCGGCGGGAAGCAGAGGGUCGCAGCACGCUGAGGGUCAAAUGGAUGGAUGGAUGGAUGGAUGGAUGGACGGAUGGUGCACCUGUGGCGCCUUGAAGCGACGGGGUCUUCUCAAUCUGGCAAGCUCGGCUGCAAAAAGAGGGCUGUGCACAACGCACGGAGAGCGGGCGGCCACUACAGAAGGGUCACCAGGCGCUCCCGACAACCCGCGCGAGUCCCGCUGGAGAGAGCGGGCAGGCACUGCAGAAGGGUCAUCGAGACCCAUCCCUGCAUGGGAGAACGGGGAGAUGGCCAGGCAGAGUGCAAGAGGGUGUGCCAGGCAGGAGGAGGAGGAGGAGGAUGAGGAGGAGGCGGAGGCGGAGGGAGGAGGAGGGGGAAGGAGACGCGUGGGAGGAGAUGGCAGCGCCGAUUAUAAAUCAACGGGAAGCCUGCGCAGGAAGGGUGCAGGGAACAGCCAGCGACACACGAAGGUGCAGGGAGCAGCCAGCGACACACGAGGAACGCGCUGAAGAGUCUGCUCCGCGAUCAGGCUGCCGCUCGCUCGCUCAUGCCGUAGGCUGUGGCAGCGCAUGGGCAUGCACGCAGGCAUUAAAAAAUGUUGAGAAAAACAUGGCGCACUUCGAGUCGCCAUGUGGAGGCGUCACCCACUGCAUCUUGAAACUUGAAACCAGCUGCAUCAGGUCGCCGCGAAUUCGGUGUCAGCUCCGUUGUCCAUGACUGCAGAGUCACCGGUCGGCGCUGGGGCCCCCUAUAGCGGCGCCUCUGGCGCCGCCCACGGCGCGCGCGCUCCGCGCGGCCAGGGAGUGAAGCGCCGCUGCUGGCCAGCUCCACUCCCGACAACAACUCCGGCGCCGUGAAGACUCCGGCCACGAGCCGGCGCGACCUGCAGAUGCCCAGGAGAGAUUCGGGCCUCCUCAUAUAGGGAAGGUCUGUGAGGGUCGGAGAAACCGAAAUCUCCGGAAGGUGGAGGCCAGAAGGCCUGCGGAUCCUGUCGGGGCCGAGGACAACCCCGCAGCGAUCCCCUCCGUGCGGGCGCCCCCGGGCCAUCCUGGGAGUCCAGGGCUGCCUCGGUGUGGGCGCCGCGCUGGAUGCAGUCGCCCACGCUAAUGCUGGCCUUGGUAGCUAAUCGAUGACGGCCGGGAGAUUGUCGCCCGCGAGGCUCGCCAUCACUGCGGGACCUCGAGUGAGGAUUCUAUAGUGCAGCCCAGGGUGCUUCGCCCAAACAACUACCAGAGCUUAAAAAGUAACACAACAAAAUUACCCAAAACAGCUACGGAGAAGUCCUCGUGGGCCACCUUGAGGCUCUCUGGGCAGUCUUGGAGACAUGCUGGGGCGUCACACAUCGCCCACGCUAAUGCUGGCCUUGGUAGCUAAUCGAUGACGGCCGGGAGAUUGUCGCCCGCGAGGCUCGCCAUCACUGCGGGACCUCGAGUGAGGAUUCUAUAGUGCAGCCCAGGGUGCUUCGCCCAAACAACUACCAGAGCUUAAAAAGUAACACAACAAAAUUACCCAAAACAGCUACGGAGAAGUCCUCGUGGGCCAUCUUGAGGCUCUCUGGGCAGUCUUGGAGACAUGCUGGGGCGUCACAUGCAGUCGCCCACGCUAAUGCUGGCCUUGGUAGCUAAUCGAUGACGGCCGGGAGAUUGUCGCCCGCGAGGCUCGCCAUCACUGCGGGACCUCGAGUGAGGAUUCUAUAGUGCAGCCCAGGGUGCUUCGCCCAAACAACUACCAGAGCUUAAAAAGUAACACAACAAAAUUACCCAAAACAGCUACGGAGAAGUCCUCGUGGGCCAUCUUGAGGCUCUCUGGGCAGUCUUGGAGACAUGCUGGGGCGUCACACAGCGGCGCUUCCAGCGCCGCCCAUGGCGCGCUCCGCGCGGCCAGGGAUUUCAGCGUAGAUGUAGAACAUCUGCGCGGAGCUCCGAAGUUUCUGUUUGC